AUGGUUGUCAGUAAAGCUAUAAGAGCUACUGGAUGCGCAUCAAGUCGUUUAUCCUUAUUACGACAUGUUACAUCCCUUCCAAUCCGAACUAUUCCAGUAGCUGGGAGAUUUCAACCAACUAGAAUUCAAAGGCAACAAAUCCGAUUUUCAUCUCAUUCACAGUUAAGUCAACAAUUCGAAGCAACCCACCACGAGGAUACUCUACAAGAUCGAGAGGUUCUAGAUGAGAACAAGGCAGACGAGGAUGAGGACAAAAUUGAGGCUUCUCGAUAUGAGAAUAUUAUGGAAGAUCGAGAGCUUUUGGACGAGAAUAAGGCAGAUGGGGAGGAGGUUGAGAAUGCCGUCUCUACUAUGCCAUGGUAUCUACAAGUUGAUACUCCCCAAUUGACACCAAGAACUCUCUCCGAACGUCAAAGAAUCCCGGAUCUACCAGGAUUGCCACCCCCGAUUCUUCAACCUAUGCUACAACAGAUCUCAGUCGAUUUAGGUCUUGAUGAUCUUACACUACUCGACCUACGAAAGCUUGACCCUCCGCCUGCACUAGGAGCAAAUCUAAUUAUGCUUAUUGGGACCGCACGAAGUGAAAAACACUUACACGUCUCCGCGGAUCGAUUAUGUCGAUGGUUGAGAAGUACAUAUAAACUACGCCCAAGCGCAGAUGGAUUAUUGGGAAGGAAUGAACUGAAAUUGAAGCUAAGACGCAAAUCGCGAAGAGCCAAGCUUUUAGGCAGUACGGCUGACGAUGAUGGUGAUGAUGGCAUAAGAACAGGUUGGGUCUGCGUCGAUAUCGGUGUGGUUGAGAGCCCAGAUAUGCAUGCAAAUGCUGUCCCUGAGGGCGAUGGAUUCGUGGGGUUUGGGAGACGGACCGAUGGUGUUAGGGUUGUCGUUCAAAUGCUUACCGAAGAGAAGAGGGAAGAGAUCGACCUGGAGAAAUUAUGGGGUGGGAUUUUGCGAAGGUCCGGCCAGUCGGAAGUUGAAGUUGAAGAUGCAGAGGUUGGGGAACUAAUAUCUACCUUGACUAUCGAACCUUCACAAGAUACUGCAGUGGGGUCGACCACAAAACGUCGAGGCUUUCAACUUCCACAAACUCGGCAAUAUCAUACUUCAGUACAAAGAAAAUCAGACGCUCCUAGGGACCAACAAUCAAACGGUAUCUUACCCUCACUACAGCAAGACGGACAAUUUGAAAACAGUAGACUAACAGAGCUUCAGCGAUCCGUACUUUCCGACCUUUCUCUUGGUGAAUUCGAAAAGGCAAAACACAAUGUAUCCGAAUUCAGUGCUACUAACGUAAACCUGAAUUGGCAAGACUUUCUGUUACAGCAACUGAAGACGUAUCUUGAAAAUGUCUCAGUAGAUCAGGCGAUAUUCGAUUUGGGUAAAGGCUAUUCCCCAGGGGAUACAUCCUUCCUCAAAUGCUUCAAAGACGCUGUGGAAGGUGACAGAGAAUUUGAUCACUCCGCGUCGUUUAGAUGGGAUUAUGUCUUCUGGCUAUUCUUCUAUGCUCGAGAUAUCGGCCACCCUUGGUUCAAGACCAUGAAUUUAAACAAUUUGCUGAGGAAAUUUGAAGGAAAGAAAUUUGACGGCAGUGAUAUAUCUGAUGAAUAUUACCACAAAAUCAUACGUACCCUACUUGAACCCGCUCCAGGCAUUUCAGACAAUAGCCACGCUCCUCCACGCCUUAAUGUCCGGCUCGCAUUGAAGGUCAUUCAAACAAUGUACAGACGAGGCCACAAGGUUUUUGUAGAAGAAAUGUUCGUGACUAUACAAGAAGCAACAGAACGAAUUUUGGAUCAAGAUCUCCUUACCAUUCGACCAAAAGCAACUAUGAAUGAAUCUUUCGGGAUACCAACAAAGGCCAUGUCACCAAUUCAGCGUCGAAUUCAUACUCUAAUGAUGAAUCUGACGUUACCUCCCUUUUCGGAUGAAUCUAGAAUGCGAUUGAUGCAACUUUAUGCAAGAAAUGGACAUUGGAUAGCUUUCUGGGAUAUCUGGAGAUUACCACUUCGUCAGUUCAAACCACAGUCAGCCGACAUGUAUGCAUAUAUGUUUCAAAGGGUAGCAGAGACGGGGCAUCAAAAAGGUUGUAUGAAAACGCUACGCACAUGGAUUGGAGAUUUAGAUCAAGAAAAUCCCGCCGUGAAGUUGGAAGGGACCAUUGCAGAAUCUGUUAAAGCUUGUUUAUUGAUUGCGCAUCCGGAUGUUGAGCAAGAAACAAUCGAGGAUCCUGCAAAGCCUGGGGAAUGGUCUUCUCUUUGGAGGAGAUGUCAUGGGGGAGAUGAACAGUGGAAAAACACUAUUGCAGCUAUGGUUGCUGAAUAUGAACGAGUAAAUGGCCACGUUGACGGUGUCGGAUUGGAUGAAAAUGCUGCUAUGGUGACUGAAGAAUCUAAUGGAAUUUACGGUGAUGAAUUGGAUGAAAAUGCUGCUAUGGUGAAUAAAGAAUCUGAUGGAAUGUACGGCGAUGAAUUGUAUGGGGAAAGAGCCACAGCUUCCGAAAGCUCACUCAAAGAAGAAGGAGAAGAACAAGAAAGUUCUUCCGAAAGGAAUCCAGCACCCGAAGAAGUGACCUUUCAGCAAGAAAUUGACCAAAAAGACGAUGAUGAUACCCGAGGAUGA